AUGGAAGCGCGUGUGGAAUUUCUGGAACGAGGGUUCGAAGGCAUGAUCAAAACACGUGAGGACGUCGCAAGUUUGAAGCGAUUGUUUGAAGAGGAACACAUCGAGCGAGCGGAGCUGAAGGCGCAAAUGGCGGAGCUCAUGACAGUGGUGCGGAUCUUGUCGAGCACCGAUCGGGGAAGCGGCAAUUGUGACCAUGCAGAACAGCAAAAUCGCGAUCGAGAGGUAAAGUGGCGGAAACUUGAGAUUCCAAUUUUUGACGGAGGAGAUGCGUUUGGUUGGGCAAAUAAGAUGGAACGCUAUUUCGAGACUAAAGGUGUAGAGGAAGAAGAUCGAAUCCAGGCAGCCAUGGUCGCAAUGGAAGGGAAGGCACUAACCUGGUACCAAUGGUGGGAAUUUUGCGAGAAAAACCCUAAUUGGACAGAUUUCAAGAAUGCUGUGAUUCAGCGGUUUCAGCCUUCAAUGAACCAAAGCCCUUACAAGUUACUACUCAGCCUGAAACACGAAGGAACAGUAGAAGAAUAUCGGGAGAAGUUUGAAUUGUAUGCCGGUCCAUUGAGAGGAACAGAACCUGAGUAUUUGAAAGGCAUAUUUCUGAAUGGACUGAAAGAAGUGGUGAGGGCAGAGUUAAAGUUGGAUCCAGUAAACACCCUCCCUGAAUUGAUGGACUAUGCGCAAUGGAUAGAGGAGAAAAAUUCACUAAUGGAAAAAGGUAACGUUGGAGGUAAUAGAGGUGGUCCAACUAGAAGUUAUAGUUCAUCAAGAACUGUAACGUGGGAUCCAGGAAACAAAGGCACCACGACAAAAACAAGAGAGAUGAGUUCGAGUUUGGAAUCAAAUAGUGUGAAGUCCACUGGGGCAUACAGAGGUAGGCCUUUUAGGAGGCUGUCAGACGCGGAAUUCCAAGAAAGGGCAGAAAAAGGACUUUGUUACCGCUGUAAUGGGGAAUUUGGCCCUGGAGAAGGACAAGAUGAAGAAGACGAAAAAGAAGGAGCAAUAAAUGAGAAAAACCUGCAGAGUAUUCAGCUGUCCCUGUAUAGCAUGCCAGGAUUGACUUCAAAAAAAUCCAUUAGACUUUGGGGAAAUAUUGCCACAAACAGAGUCAUUAUAUUGGUAGACUGUGGGGCCUCUCAUAAUUUCAUUUCUGAUGCAAUAGUGAAACAACAACAAAUACCAAUCACACCUACUAAACCAUAUUCUGUGGAAGUAGGGGAUGGACGAAAAAUCAGGUGUGAAGGAGUUAGCAAGAAUGUCAAAUUGCAGAUCCAACUCAUGGAAAUCCAGCAAGACUUAUUUGUCUUUGAAAUGACGGGAGUGGAUGUGGUAUUAGGGAUGGAAUGGUUGGCAUCUCUAGGUGAGAUAAGGGCAAAUUUCAGAGAGUUAACUCUAAAGAUACCUACAACUGAGGGGUCAUUCACAUUAAAGGGAGAACCGGCAAUGGCCAGAUCUGCUGCUUCGCUGAGAUCCAUUGCCAAGGUCCUGCAGAAUGAAGGAGAGGGGUUCCUGUUGUGUUGUCGGAGUCUACCAGCUGUACCGGAAGCAAGCCUGAUACCUGCAUGGAUGGAAGGUAUUCUUGAGGAAUAUCAUGAGAUCUUUCAGGACCCUAGUGGUCUCCCUCCUUCGAGGAGACAAGACCAUAGCAUUGAGUUAAAAAAUGGAGUUGAAAUCCCCAACAUAAGGCCUUACAGGUACCCUCAUUACCAGAAAAAUGAAAUUGAGAAACUAGUGGAUGACAUGCUAAAUUCAGGGAUUAUUAGGCCCAGUAUCAGUCCUUAUGCAAGCCCUAUUAUAUUAGUGAAAAAGAAAGAUAGAGGAUGA